GUAAACGUGUCGCUGCGUCACAGAAAGUCCCUGCAGUUCGGUUGUGUCGGUCCGUCGGUUCCGGGAGAAGCAGAUUGAACGGGACUGCAGUCGGUGCAGUUUCUGGAGGAGAGGAAGAUGUUUGUGGUGUUUGUGCUUCUCCUUCAUGUGUCCCAGCAUGCCUCAGCUCUGGAGAUAUAUGAGGGGGACGACUUUGUCCUGCUGCCCUGUGAGUUUCCCAUGUCUCACCUGGGAGAUCCCUCAGUGGUGUGGAGCCGCUCCGACCUCCGUCCUUCAACCGUCCACCAGCGUCAGCCGGAAGGGGACGAACUCAAAGACCAGAACCAGGACUACAGAGACCGGACGUCCAUGAGGACGGACGCUCUGCAGACCGGAGACCUCGGCCUCACUCUGAGAAGACCCACCAUCAGGGACAGCAGCACCUACACCUGCAUCAUCAGAGAGUUUGAACAAGAACUGAGCCGGGAAGAAGUACAGCUGAUGGUCAAAGAACGUCCAAACUGGCGCUGGAUUCUCCUAGCUGUCCUGGUUCUACUGGUUCUGCUGGUUCUGCUGGUUGUUGCUGUGUUUGGCGUCAGGCUGUUUAAAGAGAUGAAGAACACAGUAGAUCGUCCUCCUCUCUGGCCCUGGGUUCUCUCAACUGUCCUGCUUCUGACGGCUGCUGGUCUCGUGUUUGGUGUCAGUGUGUUUAAAGGGGUGAAGAACACACAAGAUCGUCCUCCUCUCUGGCCCUGGGUUCUCUCAGCUGUCCUGCUUCUGACGGCUGCUGUUCUUGUUCCCGGUGUCACAGUGUAUAAAAGGAUGAAGUACACAGUUCUCUGUGUGGACACUAGGACCUCAGUGACUCAUGUCCCUGUCUCUGUGUCCUCAGUCUCUCAGCAUGGAGACACUGUGGAGGUCUAUGGGGGAGGGUCGGUCCUGCUGCCCUGUGAGGACUCUCCUUUACCUCUGAACCCCACAGUGACGUGGAGCCGCAGCGACCUCAGUCCUUCAACCGUCCACCAGCGAGACGAGCGAGGUGACGACCUCAGAAACCAAAACCAGCGUUACAGCGGCCGAACAUCGAUGAAGACUCUGACGACUGGAGACCUCAGCCUCACUCUGACAAGACUCCGCCCCUCUGACAGCGGCAACUACACCUGCAUCAUCACAGCGUUUGGAAAUGAUCGGAGACUGAGAGACAUACAGCUGCAGGUCAAAGAACCGUUCUCCAGCCUGGUUGAAUUCUGGGUUCUCCUGGUUCUCCUGGUUGUUUCUCUUGGUGGCAUCGUGGGUCUUGGACAAUAUAUGAAGAGAUUCAUCUUCAUCAUCAUCUUCGGAGGUCAAGAGGUGGAGGUGGAGGAGGUGGAGGAAGGGGAGGAGUCUGUCCAGCUGCCCUUCAAGACCACACCUCACCUGUCUGGAGACGUCAGAGUGGAGUGGAUAGACGAAUACGACAGGAAGGUCCAUGUGUAUCAGAACGGUUCUGACAGACCUGAAGAACAGAACCAGGUUUACAGAGACCGAACAGAGAUGAAGGAAGAUCCACUGAGAACUGGAGACCUCAGUCUGACCCUGAAACAUCUCACAAUCACAGACACAGGAUACUACACCUGUAGAGUCUACAGGGACGGAGACUUACUGAGAGGGACAAGAGUGUUUCUCUGGGUCAAAGGUCAAGAGGUGGAGGUGAAGGAGGUGGAGGAGGGGGAGGAGUCUGUCCAGCUGCCCUUCAAGACCACAGCUCACCUGUCUGAAGACGUCAGAGUGGAGUGGAUAGACGAUUACGACAGGAAGGUCCAUGUGUAUCAGAACGGUUCUGACAGACCUGAAGAACAGAACCAGGUUUACAGAGACCGAACAGAGAUGAAGGAAGAUCCACUGAGAACUGGAGACCUCAGUCUGACCCUGAAACACCUCACAGUCACAGACACAGGAGACUACACCUGUAGAGUCUACAAGGACGGAGACUUACUGAGAGGGACGAGAGUGUUUCUCUGGGUCAAAGGUCAAGAGGUGGAGGUGAAGGAGGUGGAGGAGGGGGAGGAGUCUGUCCAGCUGCCCUUCAAGACCACAGCUCACCUGUCUGGAGACGUCAGAGUGGAGUGGAUAGACGAUUACGACAGGAAGGUCCAUGUGUAUCAGAACGGUUCUGACAGACCUGAAGAACAGAACCAGGUUUACAGAGACCGAACAGAGAUGAAGGAAGAUCCACUGAGAACUGGAGACCUCAGUCUGACCCUGAAACACCUCACAGUCAGAGACAGAGGAUACUACACCUGUACAGUCUACAAGGACGGAGACUUACUGAGAGGGACAACAGUGACUCUCAAGGUCAAAGAGAGAACUCAGGUCAAAGACGAAACAGUCGACUUCAGGAACAGAAGCAGCUCCACUGAUCCAACUCCUCUGAUGGCUGAUCGAUCAGUCUGAUUGGUCUGUUGAUUAAUCCGUUUGAUUGGUCUGAUCGAUCAGUCUGAUUGGCCUGUUGAUUGAUCUUUGAUCAUUGAUCCUGACUUUGGACCAGAGAGAAAAUGGAGGUGAAGCAGCUGAUGGACGAUGGAUGAAGACAGUCCUACUGACUGUUACAGUCUGCAGACUCACUAUUGAUCAGUAUUGAUCAGUGUGGUCACAUGUUGAUCAGUAAAUUUGGUUCUAUUAAUCCUGCAGCAAUUCUGCCCUGACGUCUAUUUAGUUGUUAUUUUGAGGCUUUCUAAUCGUAUCACAUGGUCUUCAUCUGCAGCAGAUUCUUCUCAAAUUUCCUUUCAACUUUAUUCUCCAAUCAAUUUGAAAGUUUCCUUCCUUGUGCAGAGUGCUGUCGCUGCUGAAGCUGAAGAGGAAGUUAUUAUUCACUUUAUUUUUCUACACGUGUUGAACUUUGUGCUCAUUCAUAGACAGUUUGACGUCUUUCUGCUCAUUUAAAACUGACUUCUUCAAAAUGUAAACCAGAUAUUCUUCAUGAAAUAUUUCACUUCUUAUAUAGAAUCAUUAGUUUGGGAAAACCAGUGAAGUUUUCAUAUAGGAACGAUGGGGAAUGAAACAGCGGAUCAAUUAGCUGAACGUGGGUUAAAAGCAGAGCAAACAGCUGCCUGCACCAGUCAGUAAAACACAAACUGAAUCGUUUAUUUGACACAAAAUCAAGGAGCAGGAUUCAGAUCCAGCAGGAGGCUGGAGUGGAAAAGAAGUAGAGCUUGAUCAGUAGAUUAAGAUUAGGUCACACCAAACUGGAUUCAUCCUUACAUCUCAUUGGACAACAUCCACCUGGAAACUGUGACAUCUGCAAUCACACAGACUUUUAUAUUUCUGCCCAAAAUGUGGAAAUGAGAGGAAGCUACUAAAGAAGAAGCUGUUAGAGCAGCCACCAACCACCAACCCUGGCUGAGCUCCAGCUCUCACGCUGCAGCAGGAAGCCAGUAGCAGCUGUUCUCAGUCGGGACUCUGCAGCUCCAGCUCUUCCUCUCCUCGCUGCUUCAUGUCAAACCCAUAUUUCCUCUUUGGCCUCGACUGGAAGGUUUAAAUGUUGAAGUGAAACUUCCUUAAACACCAGUAAAGUCUCAUGCUACAUGUGAUAUGAAACUCUGUCUGUCUGAACUCUGACCAGCUUUUAUGACACAAAGAAGAAAAUAAAAAGUGUAAAAACAUAAUGAAUGAAA